AUGGGGAUCAAGUGCUUUCUGAUGACCCUGGGAAAGACCACUGUGGAGCCUGUCAUGACGCCCAUGAUGAAUUAUGUGCCUGAGGAGGAGGGCGACUGGUGGGGUACCUGCAUGGCCCGGUGGGUUCAGCUGAAGAGGCAUGCCUUGGGCUUCUCCGACUUCUCCUACUAUUUCAUGAUGCUGCCACUGGUGUUCAGUUACUCAUCCUCCAGUGUGAGCCGGAACACCGAAGGCCUCCAGGGCUUUUGGCGUAUGCUGAGCUACGGCACCACGCUCCUUAUCCGGCUCGUGAAUGUGCAUGUGCUCAUCGGAGUCCUGUCCACGUACGGAGCUAUGGAAGCGAUGCUCAAGCUGAUAAUAAAGCUCUGCUUCAGGGGUGACCGGUUGCCGGACCUCCUGUUCUUGCAGGUUGGCGUUUUCCCGAAAUAUUUGAUGAUUGUGACGAUCUUUUUCACCAUCUUGGUGUCCGCCGUCUUCUUCGUGACAUACGAGGUCUUGCUGAAGAAGCGUGUUGAGGGUCAUGCCCAAUAUAGUCUCUGCGUGCACUGGCUGAAGAAUCUGAUCGGUCUGGCUCUGGGCUCACCGGUCUACUUUGUGAUGCUGGGCUAUGCCAUCUGGAGAGCGGCCCUCAUGGUUCUGACGCAGCGGUCCUUUGAGUACCACGUGGCGCCCAAGCCGAAGCAGGCCGAGCCGACGCAGAGCUCCCUCGCAGGAGGACACGAUCCCAAGAUGGCGUAA